AUGGAAAAGGCACCUACAACUUUUUACAAGGGCCCCCUGGGCUUCAAGGGUAAUAUUCUCUGUCAGAGCCUUAUCACCUCUGCUCCCACUCUCAGCUGGGCCUCCAACGCAUUAUCGAUAAUCAGACCAAUAACUGGGUCCCUCUCAGGGAAGGUUAAUCUUCCCUGCUUCUUCUCCACCAUCCCGACCUCAGCACCGGUCAUCGCUCCCAAUGGAACAGUCAUCUAUAGCAGAGAUUACCUGCGGAUCAAAUGGACCAAGAUAGAAGGAGAGGUAGAAUCCACAGUGCUUGUGGCGCAAAAUGGCAUCAUCAAAAUAGGCUCCAGCUACAGGAACCGUGUCUCAGUACCCAGUCACCCCGAGGAUGUAGGUGAUGCCUCGCUGACAAUGGUCAAGCUGCGCGCCAGUGACGCGGGCACUUAUCGCUGUGAGGUCAUGUACGGCAUCGAGGACACUCAGGAUACAGUCAACCUUGAUGUCAACGGUGUUGUUUUUCACUACCGGGCAAGCACCAACAGGUACAAUUUGGACUACCAGAAGGCCGUCCAAACUUGCCAAAAUGUUGGAGCAACCAUUGCUACAUAUGAACAACUGAAAGCAGCCUAUGAGGAUGGUUUUGAUCAAUGUGAUGCCGGCUGGAUUGCUGACCAGACUGUGAGAUACCCAAUCAUAAGACCAAGGAAUGGAUGCUUUGGCAACCUCAAGACUAAACCUGGUGUCAGGACAUAUGGGACCAGGAAACCCACUGAAACCUAUGAUGUAUACUGCUAUGUAGACAGACUUGACGGUGAAGUGUUCUAUGCUCCUGUGAGCAAUAAGAUGACUUUUGAGGAGGCCAGUAUGGAGUGUAAGAGGAGGAAAGCUGUCCUGGCAACCCCUGGCCAGCUUCAUGCUGCCUGGCGACAGGGUCUGGACAGAUGUGACUAUGGCUGGCUCUCUGAUGGUAGUGCACGACAUCCAGUUUCAGUACCCAGAAUCCAGUGCGGGGGAGGCCUGAUCGGUGUCAGGACCAUGUACCGCUACAGAAACCAGACUGGCUUCCCGGAACCAACUAAGAAGCUUGGAGCUUACUGUUUUAAAGAAAUUCACUCAUGCUCAGAGAACAUUUGUCUGAAUGGAGGAUCUUGCUUCAAGAGAGGCAGCAUCCACACAUGCAGCUGUGCUCCUGGAUAUGGUGGUGAACGCUGUGAAAUAGAUAUUGAUGAAUGCCAAUCCAAUCCUUGCCGCAAUGGAGGUACAUGUGUCGAUGGGAUUGCGUUCUUCACAUGUGUUUGCCUCCCAAGCUACUCCGGGCUGUACUGUGAGGAGGAUACAGAAACUUGUGACUAUGGCUGGCACAAGUUUCAGGGCCACUGCUACAAGUACUUCCCCAACAGAAGAAACUGGGACACAGCAGAGAGAGAAUGUCGCAUGCAGGGGGCUCAUCUAACCAGCAUCAUCACCCACGAGGAGCAACAGUUUGUCAACCGUCUUGGACAGGACUACCAGUGGAUUGGCUUGAAUGAUAAGAUGUUUGACAGUGACUUCCGCUGGACUGACGGCAGCCCUAUGCAAUAUGAAAACUGGAGGCCCAACCAGCCUGACAGCUUCUUCACUUCUGGCGAGGACUGUGUUGUGAUGAUAUGGCAUGAGGACGGCCAGUGGAAUGAUGUUCCAUGCAACUACCACCUCACCUUCACCUGCAAGAAGGGAACAGUGGCCUGCAGCCAGCCCCCUCUGGUGGAGAAUGCACGUACCUUUGGCAAGAAGCGUGAGAGAUACGAGAUCAACUCACUGGUGAGGUAUCAGUGCCGGACAGGCUUUAUUCAGAGGCAUGUCCCAACUAUCCGUUGUCGAGGGAAUGGACAAUGGGAUACCCCCAAAAUUUCCUGUAUGAAUCCAUCAGGCUAUCAGAGGACCUUCAUCAGACGACAUCAACACAAUAGUCUCUACAGCAUCAACAACUUCAAGAGAUGGCCAGAGGAGCCCGUCCGCUUUCAGCAUCCGCUCUACAGAGGAAGGAGAGACAGGACUGAACAUAAGCGGAAGAGACAGUGAUGGCCACGUAAAGUGGCACAGCCUCCCCGAGACGAGAACACAUGGCUAAUGCUUGUGUGAAAAGAGGAAAAGGGUUCUCAAAGGAAAAGCACAAGAGAAAACUCAUCAAAGAAACCAAGAGGACAACAUGCAGUUUUCUUGCAUUUUGGAGGACGAUGGAAUCUUAUGAAGUGCCUUUUAGAGAGAUGUUGAUACGUGACUUUUCUUAUCAAGGGGCACUGUUGUAUAACACUGCCAACGUGGAUGAAAUAAUUUCAGCUGGCUACUGGAAAAGCAAAAAAUACACUCAUCAUUCUUUUUUUUUUUUUUUUUUUUAAACAGUUGAAGAUUUCUCUUUUGUCCUCAGCUUAUCAAAUAAUACCAGUCAUGAUCGCUGUCUAAUACUUUGGUACACCGACUGUGCUAUUUAAAAUCACCACAAGUGUUCCUUAUUCAUAGAGAAAAAAAAAGCCUGUUGUGAAAUUAUAGCGCUUAUGUUAUGUAAAGGAAUCAAUUAUGUUGUCGUGCUGUUUUAAGCUGGACUUCAUUUUAAUGAGCAUGCAUGCAUAUGCAUAUAUAUUGAAGUCCUCAGAUUUUUAAAUGUGUUUAUUCUAUGUCAAAAAAUCCAAGUUUGUCUCCUUAGAAUACAACGGAGGCAGUGAACCUUUAUAGUCUUCCUCCAAUCUUUAAAAGCUAUUCAGCAGAGGCACAAAUCACACUCCGAAGCGUGAUUUCAUAGCUUUGCUAGUAAUCAUUACUCAAAUUCCAGCAUAUGGGGAAAUUUCACCAAAUCACUCAUUUAACUGUUGGAGACUUUCUUUGUAGUGGCAGCUUUCAAAUUCCCAAAUUACCACCUGUCAUUAGCUCCACCUGUCACUGGAUAUUGUCAAUGUCCUGUCAAGAUAAAUGUUCAUGGGUAGAUUUCUACAGAGAUCAUUUUCUGUUAUUUUUCUUUUUUUUAAUGACAUUUUGCAAUUUAAUAUGAGAGACUGCUCUCUAACAAUUUACCGACAAAGCCUUUAUUCACUGAUGGAAACCAGUGUCCAUCAUCGAUUUUAAAAAAAGGAAGAAGGGAAGUGUGGCUCAAGUGGCCUGUGUUUUCUGCUCACGUGUGCUCCAUGCAUGACUUACAAUUAACUGCUACAGCGCCUUUACAAUAGCUGUAAUGCUGUUCAUAAUUACACACCAAAGAGUUUUGCUCUCAUCUGUGGCAGUUGUGAUGUAGCUUGUGAUGGUUUCCAAGGUAACGCUUUUCUUCUGCACAUCUAACUUUUGUCAUUGUGGUCAAUUGGAAUUAGCCAUCGAGAGAAUGUAUUUUGUGAAACACUCAAAAAGACUUGAACGUAACGGCUGUUUAGGCAGAGAUGCAUAUAAUUUAUUUUCAAGCUGCUCUUGAUCUCCUUACUUGUUUUAUACUCACAGGUAAAAGAUGAUGCUGUCAUACUGGCCUUACAGUGCUCUGCAUUGAUUUUUAUUGUAUGUACAACAGGAGACCAGCCACGGUCCCAGACUGUCUAAAUGGAAUGCAUUGAAGAUGGGAAAACUCAACAAUACAACAGAUUUAACAUCUUUUUUUUUUUGUUUUGUUACGUCUUUAAGGCCCCAUCAGCUGCAAUAAUGUUAUUUAGUAACAUUAACAAAAUGUGGAUGGUUUCACGUGUCUAAAUCAUUUUUUUAAAAUGGAAAAAUGUGUUUGUUUUGUCUGCCUGUGAAUGUCUCUGUGUGUGUUCUAGCCUUCAUGUGCAUAUAAUAUCAUUUUAUAUUUAUAACAGUCUGUUGUUUUUUUUUGUUUUUUUUUUUAAUUUUACAAUGUGAAUGUCUGGGGUGUUUUUUUUAAUGAAAUCAAACAGUUUUUUUCUCCUGCUUUAAA